AUGACCAUUGUUGAAAAAGUUAAUUUAACUACAGGUACAGGUUGGGGAUCAGGUCCAUGUAUAGGGAAUACAGGGUCGGUUCCACGACUUGGUAUUCCAAAUCUAUGUCUUCAAGAUGGACCUAAUGGGGUCAGAUUUACAGAUUUUGUUACACAUUUCCCCUCUGGAUUAGCAGCUGGAAGCACAUUCAAUAGAGGAUUAAUAUAUCUCAGAGGAAAGGCUUUAGGCCGAGAGCAUAAGAAAAAGGGAGUCCAUAUAAUGCUUGGUCCAACUAUAGGCCCAAUUGGACUAAAAGCAGCUGGUGGAAGGAAUUGGGAAGGUUUUGGGGCAGAUCCUUAUUUACAAGGUAUUGGAGGGGCUGUCACGGUUGAGGGAAUUCAAGAAGAAGGCGUUAUUGCUACAGUCAGGCACUUAAUUGGAAAUGAACAAGAGCAUUUUCGUCAAGUAGGCGAAUGGAAUGUAAGUGACUGGCUUCGUCUCGAAAAUUCCAUUAGUUCCAAUAUUGGUGAUAAAGAAAUGCAUGAGGUUUAUCUAUGGCCUUUUGCAGAUAUUGUUAGAGCCGGUGCUGGUAGUGUUAUGUGCUCAUAUAAUCAAGUUAAUAAUACGUAUGCCUGUGAAAAUUCUUAUCUCCUAAAUUAUUUGUUGAAAGAGGAAUUGGGAUUUCAAGGAUUUAUCAUGUCUGACUGGGGAUCACAGCAUACAGGUGUCUACUCAGCACUAGCUGGUCUCGAUAUGACUAUGCCUGGUACUAUUUUUAAUGACUGGCUUGGAGGAAAAUCAUACUGGGGUCCACAGUUGACAAAAGCAGUCUAUAACCAGACACUUCCGCAACGAAGACUCGAUGAUAUGGUAAUUCGGAUUCUUGCCCCAUUUUUUUUCUGUAACAAUAAGGGUGUCCCUAAGGAAAAUGACAAUCCCAAUUUCAGCUCUUGGACAUAUAAUUCAUAUGGCCAGCAAUAUCCCCUUCAGAAAUAUGGUUCAACGGUUCAACAGAAUUGGCAUAAAGAAGCUCGUUCAAAAUUUAGUGAUCAAGUUGCACUAAACAUAGCAAGAGAGGCUGUAGUCCUUUUAAAGAACAAAGAAUCUAACUUACCAAUUGCUAGAACUAACGGAAUUAAAAAAAUAUUUAUUUCAGGAGUUGCAGCUGGGGCAGAUCCUAAGGGGUUCAAUUGUAAAGAUCAACAAUGUGUAAAUGGUGUCUUGACUACUGGCUGGGGUUCAGCGACGGUCAAUAACCCAUAUAUUAUCACUCCUUAUGAAGCAAUUUCUCAAAAAGCUAAAGGUCAAGGUAUGCUAGUCGAGUUCUCUACGGAAGCUUGGAAAUUUGAUAAUGUAGAAGAGUUGGCAGCAAACUCUGAUAUGUCAAUCGUUAUUGUUAAUGCAAAUGCUGGAGAAGGAUACAUACAAGUUGAUAACAACUACGGUGAUCGCAAUAACUUUUCAUUGUGGCAUAAUGGGGAUGAAUUAAUUUCAAGAGUUUCACAAAGGUGUCGAAAGACAGUAGUUGUCGUUAAUAGUGUAGGUCCAGUAAAUAUGGAAAGAUGGAUUGAGAAAGAGAGCAUAGUUGCAGUUAUAUUUGCUGCACCCUUAGGACAAUUCGUUGGCCAGGCUAUUGCUGAUGUAUUGUUCGGAGACGUUAAUCCAUCAGGUAAAUUACCUUUCACUAUUGCAAGAGAUGAUCAACAUUAUGUGCCGUUGAUAGAUACUCUUAAUGGUAGUAGGUCUCCGCAAGACACAUUCGAACGUGGAAUUCAUUUAGAUUAUAGAUUUUUUGAGAAAAAUCAAAUUGAACCACGAUUCGAAUUUGGAUAUGGUUUAUCUUACACUGAUUUCCAAUUUUCAGAUUUAAGAAUAACAGAAAUUAAGACUCCUUUAAAAAAGUUAGAGCAAUCAAAUAAAUAUUUACCAGCUAUAAAAUUGGAUGAAAAUAAUGUUCUUGACCCAAAGGUUGCAUUGUUCCCCAUUGGAACUAUAGAUCCUGUACCUGGAUUUGUGUAUCCAUACCUUCAUGAUAGGAAUUUGUCUUCACCCAAUAAUAACGGAGGCUUUGAUUAUCCACUAGGAUAUAAGCCAGAUCCUGUUCCAAGACCACCUUUAGCAGGUGGUGGCGCGGGUGGGAACCCUGCAUUGUGGAAUUUAUUGUAUGAAAUAAAAGCAUCUAUCACCAAUGCAGGCCGUUACAGAGGCGGCUUUGCAGUACAGAUGUACAUUGAAUUUCCGAAAACCCCUUCUUCACAACCCACAAAGGUUCUUAGAGGUUUUGAUAAGGUAUUUCUCGAUCCAGGCGAAGAAACACAAGUGAAGUUCAAUAUAUUACAGCGUGAUUUAAGUGUAUGGGAUGUGAUGCAACAAGGGUGGAUUAUUCAGAAUGGCACCUAUAAGGUAUAUAUUUCAACCACAAGCAGAGAAAAUAAGUUGUAUGGCCUAAUCCAGAUUUGUUGCUAA